UACGCACGGCGUGCGGGGCGUCACACGGAUAGAGGAUCGGCUCUGUGUGCGACUGUGCGUACAUGCUUGAGUUCGGAAUCGCAUCACUGCCGGUGACCGGUGUCUUGAAUUGUUGCGGAAAUCGUUUGUGGAAAGUGUAAACGGCCUUAUACCAGAAUAAAGAGAUCGAGAAUAUACAGGAAUAGCAUUAAGCGAAGAAUCAACUGGAGCUUUUUAAUAUCAAAAAAGUAUCAUACAACGAUACACGAUUAAAGGCGCAAUUGCAAAUACUUCUUCAUGUCUCGUGGACCGGUGUCUUUUUUUGUUGCUACUUGGAAAUAGUUUGUAUAGUGUAAACGAUCUUCACAUAGAGAAUACAGCAUAUAAACGAACUUCAACUAAAGGUAUGUAGAUACAUGUAUUAUAGUGCUGCUGAAACACGAAAUGCACACACAAUGAAUAGAAAUUAAAAAUUAUUUAUUUCUACUUUUUAUUUUUCAUUAAAUUUUUGUAACUAAUAUUUAAUUUCUUUUAAAUUGUUGAAUUUUUAUUGGACAUCAAUAUCGAGGGAUGCCAUUCAAAUUUAAGCCAUUUAUGAGCCUCAGCACGAGGCACAAGAGAAGGCGGUUAUCUGCCUUGUUAAUGGAAGAUCAUUCAAGAGACUUUGAAUCCGCCAAAAUUCCGGCACCACAGCCUGGUCUAUCUGUCUCCGGUAACGAUAUCCAAAACGAUGAUGAAUCUAUUACUGAUAACAAUGGAAAUACUUCUGGCACGAGCGAGGAAGUGGAAUACAGUGAAGGCACCGAAGGAGAAGAAGAAGAAGAAGAAGAAGAAGAAGAAGAAGAAGAAGAAGUAGCAAAUGAACAAGAAGAAAGAGAAGUCGAUAGAAAUAACGCAGAAGCACAAGAUAAUAUGGAAGACGAAAAUAUGUCGGACGCUUCGGAACAUGAAAAUGAUAAUGUUUUACAAAACCUGGACGAGCUGAGGACGACAGCAUUACAAAAUGCCUUUUUAGCAGCAAAUGUGAAACAUACCCAAGGCAAUAUAUUACUCAAAACGUUGCGUGAGUUCCCUUUUAACAUAAAAUGUCUACCGAAGGACACGAGGACGUUACUUCAAACGCCUAAUGAUAUUGCUAUGAGGAACAUUCAACAAAUUGGUGGAGGAGAAUAUCUUCAUUUGGGUUUAAAAUAUACUCUUAUCAAAAAAUUGAAAAGUCUUCCUGAACAUAUGUUACCGGAAACAAUAGAAAUCGAUUUUAGCACCGAUGGUGCUCAAAUCCACAAGAGUGGCACAGGUCAGUUUUGGCCCAUUCAAUACAGAAUUUAUAAUUGUGUUGAUAAAAGGCCUGUAAUCGCGGGUAUCUUUAAAGGAACACAGAAACCAUCGGAUACUUUUCAAUUUUUUGAACAGUUUGUUCAAGAAAUUAUCGACAUACACGAAGAAGGCGGUGUUCAUAUAAGAAAUCGACGAUUGCCAUUAAAAAUUCGAUGUUUUAUUGCCGAUGCACCAGCGAGGGCAUUUGCUUUAAAUCAUUAUGGACACAUAUCAUCAAGCGCAUGUUCAAAAUGUAAAGUGGAAGGUCAUCGUUGCGAAGAAACGGUAUUUUUUCGAGGAACGAUGGUUUUUCCGGGGAUUCGUCAUCCGCCAAGAACGGAUGAACAGUAUCGGAAUAUGGUAGAUGAAGAUCACCAUAAAGGUGCAAGUCCCUUAAGUCCCCUAAUGGGACUGGUGACGCAAGUUCCAUUUGAAACUAUGCACCUCCUAUAUAUCGGAAAUGUAAAAAAAAUUUUACACACACAUCUGAAAGGAAAGUAUGGAAAACAGAAAUUGAAUAUAAGAAAAGUAGAAAUUCUUGAUUCAAGAAUGGCAGAUCUUCAAGCAUACUGUCCUUCGGAAUUCAACCGCCGCCCAAAUAAAUUCUCCAUGUUUAGUCAUUUCAAAGCCACUGAGUUCAGACAAUUGUUACUGUAUACUGCUCCGGCUGUGCUGCAAAAUGUUUUAAGUGAAGAAUACUAUGAACAUUUCAUGCUACUACAUUUUGUGAUGCGCCUUCUUAGCUUGCAAAAUAUUCCCGAUUCAACGUAUGUUUGGUGUCAAGAAGCUUUGGAAAGUUAUGUCUGCUUAUGCGAGGAACUGUACGGAGAACAGUUUCUCUCAUAUAACGUACACGGUCUUUUACAUGUAGUCGACGAUGUUGCAAGAUUGGGACCUUUGGAAACAUAUAGUGCCUUCUGCUACGAGAAUAAUAUGCCUGAAUUCCGAAAAUACAUACGAAAACCGCACCUCGCUCUUCAACAAUUUUACAAUAGGAUUUGCGAAUUAAAUGAUGUUCUUCUGGCUCCCGCUGAUAAUAAAAUCCAAAUUUGUGCAUCUAAAAUUCACGCAGAUGGACCUCUAUUGCAAAAUAUGCCUACCCGUCUUUGUCGACAAUUUCGGAAAUUGAAAAUUGGGAACAUUACAUUUUCCACUUCCCUUCGUGACAAUUGCUGUAUUCUGAAUAAUGCAAACAUCUGCGUUAUACAAAACAUAGUCCAAAUAGAGGGAAGAACUACGUUCAUCGUCAAAAAAUUUCGAACACAGAUUCACAUAUAUGAUGUUGGUAGGACAUCUGAUUUGGCAAGAGUUUUCCAGUGUUCUAAUUUAUCCAUUGCAAUCGAGGCAAUAAACUUGACGGAUGUAAAAGGCAAAAUGUACAGAAUGCCGAAAUGGAGCUCUCAGGAAGGUGAAGAAGAGCUUGCUCUUGAACAUGAGUGGAUUUGUGUAUCACUAAUAACACCUCUGGUGUUACCGUAACAUUGGUGAAAUGUGAAUUUAAAAAGACGCAAAAGAAAUAUUGUAAAAAUGAAGAAGUAGUGAACAGUACAGUGGAACCCCGCGUUAGUGUACUUCGCGUUAGCGGAAAUUAUCCCCUUCAUAUGCAGUCGGCCCACGUGAGUAGCGUGUGUGGGGGAUAGCAAUACGCUACGUAAUACGCUAUAUCCCUAAAUUUCACGGAGUGGGAGUGAAACCAAGCAAUAGGAGAUCACCCCGCGUUAGCGGACUAGAGCCCCGAAGAGUCCGCUAAAGCGGGAUUCUACUGUAUUAUAGAUAUGUGACAGUAUUAUAUAUGACGCAGUGCCAUUAUAUGACAGUAAAAUUCCGUACAUUAUUUUUCACAAUAAUUCAUUUUAAUAUGCAAAGUUUAUUGAAAUGGACAAUACCAUUGCUUUUUGAGAUUCUUUUUAUUUCCAGAAGAAUUUAUUUGAAAUUUGUAUAAAAGCAAAGUUAUAAAAUUAUAAAUUAU